CAUAGUACGACAAGAAGAAGCACGGUGGUUUUCUAUGACGUAGCAGUUGGUGCCCGUGUACAUUUCUUGUUUUUACCAUAUAUGCGCUUCGUGUAUUGGUGCAUUGGGUCCAGCGACCAAGAACGUUCCACCAUGACUUUUUCGAUAUGGCUGUUAAUGGCCUUGGCAGUAGUAAGCAAAGCACAAAGUGACUUCUCUAAUAACGAUUCGCCAAACCAAGCCACAGAUUUCACCCAGUCUGAGUAUGCAAAACAGGGAAACCAACAAAUCUCACCCGAUGCUGAGCUAAGGAACUACCAGACUGUCGGUAACUAUAAUUUGGACGUUCAAAACGACCCUUAUGGGCUCGACUACGUGUACCAUGACUACGAAGCCAUGACCAAGUUCCUGAGAACUACCACUGCCAAGUUUCCUACCUUGACUGCCCUUUAUUCCAUUGGAAAAUCCGUCCAAGGAAGAGACCUAUGGGUGUUAGUCGUUUCUGCUUCUCCAUAUGAGCAUAUGAUUGGUAAACCUGAUGUAAAAUAUGUUGCAAACAUGCAUGGUAAUGAAGCAGUCAGCAGAGAAUUGAUGCUGCAUUUAAUCCAACAUCUAGUGACCCAAUAUCAAGUGGACCCCUACAUCAGAUGGCUCUUGGACAACACCAGAAUCCACAUACUGCCUUCCAUGAAUCCAGAUGGCUUCGAAGUGUCCAAAGAAGGAACUUGUGAGGGUGGACAAGGAAGAUACAACGCCAGAGGCUUUGACCUUAACAGGAACUUCCCCGAUUAUUUCAAACAGAACAACAAGAGACCCCAACCAGAAACGGAAGCUGUAAAGGAUUGGAUAUCGAAGAUUCAAUUCGUACUUUCUGGAUCUCUCCACGGUGGCGCCCUUGUCGCAAGCUAUCCAUUCGAUAACACUCCAAAUUCACUGUUCUCAAACUUCGGAUCGUCUCCAUCUUUAACCCCAGAUGACGAUGUCUUCAGACAUCUAGCCCUGGCCUAUUCAACAAAUCAUGCCAAGAUGAGCAGAGGAGUUGCCUGCAAAUCUUCCCAAAAGGGAUUCAACAGGGGUAUCACAAACGGUGCUGAAUGGUAUCCUCUAACUGGAGGUAUGCAAGAUUUCAACUACGUUUGGUAUGGCUGCAUGGAGGUCACCCUUGAGGUCUCUUGCUGCAAGUAUCCACCUGCUCAAGAGCUGCCCAAAUACUGGGAGGAUAAUAAAGAGUCUCUUGUCAGGUUUUUGCAAGAAGCACACAGAGGUGUCCAUGGUUUCGUCAUAGAUGAGAAUGGCAAUCCCAUCGAGAAGGCAUCUUUGAAGAUCAAAGGUAGAGAUGUCGGCUUCCAGUCCACCAGAUAUGGAGAGUUCUGGAGGAUUUUAUUGCCAGGAAUGUACAAGUUGGAGGUUUACGCCGAUGGAUUCGUUCCCAGAGAAAUUGAAUUUGUGGUCUUAGAUCAACAACCCACUCUCUUGAACGUCACAAUGAUGGCAGCAAAGCGUAAAGAUGGGCAAUACUACAGGCCCCAAGCUCAAACACCUCAUCACCCACCUUUUCACAGAGGACCGCCUCCACAGCUUACCAGACCACAGAAUGGGAUAUUUUCUUCUUUAAGCAACGGGUUCAACAGUUUAGUCAGUAACCUAUUCGGUUAAACUAGAACUUUAAGUACUAGCACAUUUAAUCUAGUAUUCAGUAGUACAAAGACGAAAUUAGAAAUUGUUAAACUGUGAAAAUAUCGAAAAUUAAGAACAACUAAUUAAUUUAUUGAAAUAUUAUUUAAGAUUAAUAUUUAUUCGUUGAAUUUCGUUGUGACAGUUCUGGUUGUGUUGUGUCCAUCAUAAGUUUCAUAUUGUACAUUUAUUUCAUCCAAAGCAGUCGUGUUUCCAAGUGGAGAUUUUAUUCUUAAUAAAAAAUAAGUACAA